CUCUCUUCCAUUGCUAGUGUGUGUGUAUCCUCGAAGCAAUUGAAGUUAAAAGCAAUUAAACAGAGAGUGAAAAUGCAGAGCAGCCCGAAUACAGCGGGGAAUAAGAAGGAAACGGCAGCCAACAUAAUGGCCUCAGCUAAGGCUUGCAUAGGGAAGACCAAGGCCACCGUUGAUGCGAAGAUGGAAAGCAGGAAAGCCCAAGAUACAGCGCAGAAAGAAAUGGCCACCAGAAAGAAAAAUGAGAGGAUCACCCAGAUUGAACUCGAAGAGAAGCAGGAACGUGCCCGCAAUGCCGCAAUCAAAGAGGCGGGAAGGACUGGCAGAGGCGAUCCCACUGGAAACCAGCCGAUUUCAGCUUUACCUGGACAGGGCGCUGGCCAGCCUGUGGUGGGGUCGUACCCCGUUGGCACUGGCGCUGGCACGGGCCAUCCCAACAGAAACCAUCCGAUUUCAACCUUGCCUGGACAUGGCGUUGGCCAGCCUGAGGUGGGGUCGCACCCAGUUGGCACCGGCACCGGCACUGGCACUGGCAUAAGCUAUCCCGACGGAAACCACCCAAUUUCAACCUUGCCUGGACAUGGUGCUAGCCAGCCUAAGGUGGGGUCGCACCCCGUAGGCACUGGCUCUGGCACACGCUAUCCCGACGAAAAUCACCCGAUUUCAGCCUUGUCUGGACAUGGCACUGGCCAGCCGGAGGUGAGGUCGCACCCUGUUGGCACGGGCACGGGCACGGGCACUGGCACUGACACACGCUAUCCCGAUAGAAACAACCCGAUUUCAGCCUUGCCUGGACAUGGCGCUAGCCAGCCUGAGGUGGGGUCGCACCCCGUUGGCACUGGCACUGGCACAGGCUAUCCCGACGGAAACCACCCUAUUUCAGCCUUGCCUAGACGUGGCGCUGGCCAGCCUGAGGUGGGGUCGCACCCGGUUGGCACUGGCACUGGCACAGGCUAUCCCGACGGAAACCACCCUAUUUCAGCCUUGCCUAGACGUGGCGCUGGCCAGCCUGAGGUGGGGUCGCACCCUGUUGGCGCUGGCACUGGCUAUCCCGACGAAAAACACCCGAUUUCAGCCUUGCCUAGACAUGGCGCUAGCCAACCUGUGGAGGGGUCGCAUCCCGUUGGCACUGGCACUGACACAGACCAUCCCACCGGAUCCCACCCAAUUUCAUCAGCUUUGCCUGGACAUGGCGUUGGCCAGCAGGUGGUGGGGUCGCACCCCACUGGCACUGGUGGCACAGGAAGGACCGAUAUAUAUUAUGACGAAGCUUAAUGUAUUUAUAUUGUGUUUUUUUUUUUCUCCAUCUGUGUUUUCCCGCAUUUAAGGUGUGUUUUCUGGGUGAACUUGCAUGUUAUUAUGCUAAAAAAAAAAAAAAAAAAAGAUUAUCCAAUGUUGAAGUAGAUAUGAUAUGGGUUUGUAAUGCUAUAUUCAACCGCUAUCUAAUGUAGGAUUGACAAUAUUGCUGUGUGGGAUAAA